AUGUUUCUUGAUCACACGGGUAAAGUAAAACAGCUGAUUGCCAUAAACUUGAAAUCAACCAGCAUCAUACUUUAUUUCCUUGAUGAGAUUGUAAACGGUCAAUACAUCUUCUUUAUUCAGGAACAGUGGCUUACAAGCGAUCGGCGCUACCGUCUGAUGCAUGUAACCUCGGUGCAAAGUGUAGAGGAUAUGGUCGAUCUGGGCGAUCUGCAUGAGGCUGCAUUACUUCGCAACUUAUUCAUUCGCUACAGCAACAAACUUAUUUAUGUUAGUAAUUUAUGGAACAGAUGCUCGGACGUGCACGUAUAA